AUGUCGUUGGCCGUCCUCCAGACGCGUUUGGCAAUCGUCGACCCGUUGUACUCGAGUCCCCAUCCAUUUUCUUGCCGAACCGACGACGACCACGAGAUGUUUCUUGUAUGCAACGGGGAAGUGUACAACCACCGAACGCUUCGUGCAGCGAUCCCCCCGGGUGCCUAUUCGUUCCAGUCCCACCAUUGCGACAUCGAAGUGAUCCUGACAAGUAUCCAUCUUUGGGGCCUCGACGCCGCCCUAGCCGCCCUCGAUGGCAUGUUUGCGUUCAUGCUGGUGCAAGUAGACGCGGCAACCGGCGAUGUGGACAAAAUCAUCUGCGCAAGGGACCCGUUUGGGAUCAAGCCGCUGUUUGUGGCGACGACAGCCACGACGUUGGAGUGCGCGUCUGAAAUGAAAGCAGCAUGCUUUUCGACAUUGAUGGAAAACGAAAGGCUCCAGCCAACGUUAGACGAAGUACCUGCGGGGUCGUACAUGGUGUGGCAUCCAACACGUGAUGGUGGACUUGGCCCUGCGAUGACCCAGCGGUACUUUUCUCCCCCGUGGUCGUUAGGAUCGCUAGCGAUGCCCUCGGCCGGAACUUGUCAAGACGAUGUGGUUCCUCGUGUGGACAAACUCAAGCCAUCGAUCAAAACCAACGUUGAGGAUGUGGUUGCUGACGAAGUGGCGGACGAACUCCUCGGGCGUUUAAUUCGAACCGCGUUGGAGCAAGCAGUGGCGAAGCGACUCGGGGUUCCGUGGGAAAGAAACGACGACGUCGAAUUGACACUCAAGGACGCAGACGAUGGCUGCGAAGUGGGCGUGUUUCUAUCGGGGGGACUGGACUCUAGCCUGAUUGCAGCGAUUGCAACCCGAAAACUUCCGUCUUCUCGACAACUCAAGACAUUUACCAUCUAUUGCACCGACAACGCAGAGGGGGAGGAGGGGGGAAAGCCCAGUGGGUCAAACUCGGAGUGUUGGGUUGGGGCGGACCGGGAUAUGGCGCGCAAGGUCAGCAACGCGAUUGGCAGCGACCACUUUGAGUAUGCAUUUACGCCCCUCGAAGCGCAGGCGGCACUGCCUGAUGUCAUUUACCACAUGGAAACAAGCGACAAGCGGUGUAUGCGAGCAGGAUUGGCGAUGUACCUGCUGAGUCAGCGCCUGCGACAGCAUCAUCCGCAUCUCAAGGUGGUGCUGUGUGGAGAAGGCGCCGACGAGUUGUUUGCAGGGUACGACUUAUUUCGCCAGUUCCAGCGAACUUGUCCGCUAGGUUCGCCGACUGCAGCCGACGAUAAGAUUGUCCUGGACUUUGAACGCGAACUGACCCGACGGCUCAUGCACAUUGGCUCGUCCGAGCUGCUUCGGGUCGAUCGAUGUACGAUGGCGUUUGGUUUGGAAGCGCGGGUGCCGUUUUUGGAUCUCCACGUGGUGCACGUGGCCAUGCAGUGCAUCCCCCCCCAACAAAAGAUGCUGGACGUUCCCGAUCGACUGGAAAAGCAAGUGUUGCGGCUUGCGUUUCAAGGGUAUGGUUUGCCCCCCGACGUGCUGGGGAGACGCAAAGUGGAAUUCGCCAAGGGGUUUGAGAACCAAUCGUGGAUUCCUGGCGAUGAAGAGCACGCAUACGCCACGCACUUUUCGGCGUUGUUUCCCCCGUCGGUGGCAUCGUGUGUCCGUCGACAACACGCACGCCGUCAACAGGGCGCGGACGAAGGUCCUUCCAUUCGCCUCACAAUCGUACAAGUCGACUUAUUUCUGUCGACGCGGCUGCAUCUCGACUUGACAAAGACGUCGGCCCCCCCGACGCCCGAACUGUUGCACUGCAUUGUCGAGGCCAUGCACAAGCAUAUUCCGUUUCACAACCUCACGCUGCUCACACGCCCCCGGCGGCCCCCGAGUUGGGAUGAAAUCGUCCAUGACAUGAUGAUGGGACUGGGAGGCCCGUGUGCCGUGGUGAAUGCGUUUUUGCACGCAUUGCUGACUGCGCUGCAGUUUCAAGUGUCGUUUCGGGCGGCCACGAUUGCUGGGCGCACUGGCUGCCACGUAUGUCUGGUGUGUGAGCUUGACUCGACGCUGAUUUUUGUCGACUGCGGCAAUGCCAAGCCGUACAUGCCAUGUGCCUUGGACGAUACGACAACGCAUGAAGUAGGCGACGCCAGCUGGGCGUGGCGGUUGAUCACGCAAGUCGUUGCCGCCAACGAUGAACCUUCCAACUCGCCGCACACGACGACAGUUGUGUCUGUGCAGCAUCGACAGCGAGCGAAAUGUCAGGAGACAGCAACUGCGACAGGGGGAAGGGACGAAGAAAAGAUUGAGCGAUGGGAGACGGCUAUGACGUUUGACGCUUACCGACCGGUGCCGUAUUCGUUUUUUCGCGCGUCGAUCGUGCAAUCUCGAUCGGAUCCCCGCUACGGUCCAUUUCUCACGGGAGUGCGACUGGUUCGAUAUCCCCGCCUGGCGUUGGUGGCUAUCCGAGACCGCACGAUGCGAAGUCCGGAAAUGCUGACCCCCAAGAUCGCCACCACGUCCGCCGAGUUGACAGCGUUUGUGCAAACUCACUUUGGAGACAUUCCAGCACUCGUCCGUCUGUUUGACGCAGCCUUGGCGUGUGUCGCGCUGUUUUGA